AUGCCUGCACCAGCUUGGCCGCAACCAGCAGCGGAACGAAACAGUGGCGGGUGUCCGAAAGAGCUGGGCGCCCAGCACGUGGGGUUGUUGGAGGAGCAUGGUGCGCUGCACUUGAGUGCUGCGGUGAUUUAUGGAGUACAGGUGAGAGGUUAUUCUCCUGUGCCCAGGGAACGGCUAUGGAGAGAUGCAUUACAUGGUGUGCCAUGGUCAUUUACUGACUGUCUAACACUACAUCAAAACCAACAUGUUAUUCGCCAAAAUGCACAUUAUAAGGUGGGGCCUGAGCCCAGGAAGCCCAACUCACUUUGCCUCCUCCAUGGCCACCCGCCAGCACACCUUUCACCCACUCACAAGUCCGCGACUACCAGCGAUGGCCACCGCUAG